UUGUCAUUCCCCUUCCAUUACGUGGGCACGAUCAGGGGAUCGCUCUUGCUCCCCAAAAAGCGACUGUUUAAGAGCACCCCCUGAGAGUGGCUUGUGGUUGGACUUGUGUUAUUUUGGGGAGCUUCCACAUGGCUGCAGGUCCCUCCCGUCCCUUGAGUGGUUUCAGAGCCCACGAACCAGAGCUCUGCUGGGGUUCAUUUCCGUGCUGAUGCCGUGCCUGCCAUCCUGGCAGCAGGAUCACCCAGGGCUUGGAGGGGCAAAGGGAGCAGGCAGAGAGGAUGGGGGGUUAUCUCUCCCCCUUCUUGGCUCAAACAGCAGUGUGGCUGCUGAGUUUCGAGUGAUUCUAUUCCAAAAGUUACCAGCUUUUUUGAGAAGCCUUGUCCUGACGGUGUUUCCAGGAAAUUUUUAGAGGUGAGAAAAGGAGCUGCUGGAAGGUUGACUGUUCUUCUCCACCAGAAAUAUGUGCAGGAUCCAAACCUGUGGAGUUGGACCUGUGUGGGAGGAGGGAUCCGCUCAGUCUGGGAGAGCUGUUCACAUCCUUCAUUAGGUAUAAUCACAGGUUAGUCAAGAUGGGGUCAGUCUCUGUUGUCCGGCACACACAAUCCUGAUCCUUAUCCCUCCUUGGGUCACCAGGUCUGUAAAUUGGCCCCUGGGGAGCAUGGAUGCAGCUUGGGGGUUUUCCAACACAAAGUCUGGUCUUUGAAGACUCAGGUGGAAAUGGGACAGGAGAGGAAGGGACACUGGCAGGCACCUGGCACAGGCAGAAUGUGCUGAGAGUGGCCACAGAGGCUGGGACUCAGUGCUGGCAUUGCCAGACCCUGCCACGAUCCUUCCAAGGUGUUCCUGCAGGAGGGAUGGCACCGGAGCCUUGGGCUCCUCCAGUCCUCCUUAUCCCAGCUUCAGGGGCAGGCAGAGGACUGCCAGGACAUUUGUAGCACCACCUGGACAUGGUACGUUUGCAGUGGGGUGUGCCAGGGUCUCUUUGGCCACGCUGUGCUCAGAGAACUGCAGCUCCCCUGAGUGCCAUGAAAUCCUCUGUCUGCAGUAGGGUGACAGGGAUGGGACACACAGUGUCCAGAAUGCCAGAGGUAUGAACUGUGCAGUGUCAGACAAACCAGCAGCUUCUUCCCAGCACGGGAACAUCCCUGGUGCCGUCCCUGCGCGCUGCUCUGGCGGCACCCACGGGGCUACCGGCAGCAGAGGAGCAAGGGAGGAGAAACGAGUGGGGAGAGGAAGGGAAAAGGUUCCCCGUGGGGCUCCUGGGAAGCAGUCAUCAUCUCUUUUUGGGAGCUUCAUUCCCCCUAGUGCUGCAGCUGGCACCUACCUGUGCAGCUGGUGUGUCCUCGCUCCUCGGUGCUGUCUCGGUGGCCCUGACGCAAUAAGGGACCGUCCCCGGGUCUCAGUGGCGAGCGCUGGCUGAGGUCCCACUGUGCCCCUGCCAUUCUGGGCAGCUGCCACCCUGUUCCCUGCCGUGCUGCCAGGGCACUGGGAGGAUUCACGGAGCUGGUGGCCGUGCAGCCAAGGAAUGCAGACAGCUCGACACACGAUGGUGCAGAUAAUUCAAAUUAAAUUUUAAUCUAGCAUGAAUUAAUACUGUGGCAUUAACAUUUCUUCAUCAGUACCAAUUACAGUACAUUAGCAGCUACUGCUGGAGAACACAAUAGUCUCUAAUAUGCGUCAUUAAUGUGUAACAGAUCCCUCUGGGUCAUGCCUUACCCACCCUAGAUAAAAGCAGCAAUGGAGGCAGGCAGGGGCUUGCAGCCAGUGCACCCCUUUGGGGCUUGCUUUUGCUCUGGGGCUGUCAAGGUACUGGUGGCACUGUGAUCCUGAGGCACUGCAGGCAGUGGCCCCAGCAGCCUCACCUGGGGUCAGGUAUAGCACUGCCACCUGCAGAGCCCCUCUCCCAGCUGAGCACAGUGUCCUCCUCUGCAGAGGCCAGAGGCUCCAUCACAGCUCUCAAAUGUCUGGAGGAUGGUGAUUGUGGUCUACAGGCCAAGGGGAAGAGCUGGUGAUUCAUCCGCCUGCACCAUGCAGACGUGGCAACCACAGAGAAACCCAGUGCUGGGGAAAAAAGGGACUUUACUUUCUGAUGGUACGGUAAGAGAGAUGGACAGGAUAGAUGGGAUGGAACUGAGAUGAGAUGAAAUGAUGAGACCCAACAGUGGUCAUGCCCACAGUGACUUGGUGGCCACCAGGGACUGGCUAUGGCUCUGGCCUUGUGGCAAGGACCAGGCUGCAGCCAGGGUAAAGGGUCACAUCUUGUCAUGCCCUUUCUGGGAGCGGAAUCUGGAGGUGAGUCAUAUGGGAAUGGGCACGGCCCAGGUCCCUGUGUAUGUUCCCGGGAGCAGCUCCCAGAUGGAGGUGGUAGGUGCUCAGUGCCUGUGGAGAGGUGGUGGGGCCCCAGAGCUGGCACAGGGAUGGUGACAGGCUCUGUACUGUCUUCCCCUCUCCAGGCAGUGUCUGCAGGGCGAGAUGGCAAGGCGGGCACUGGCACUGGCACUCUGCCUGUCCCUGUCUGCGGUGGCAUCUGCCAACUGUGUCACCCAGUGCUCCCUCUGCGCAGCCCAGACCCGCAGUGCCGAGAGCAGCGUCCAGUCCCUGAUGUGCCUGUGGGAAUGCCAGGGCUCCUUGUCACCCGGCCCCGAGUGGGAGAUGUGCAGGAAGGCGCUGGCGCUCCUGGCCCCGCUGGUGGCCCUGGCUGAAGGGACAGAGCCAUCCCCGCAGGAGGCAGAGGAGGAUGAGGCAGAGCCGGAGCAGGGUCUGGGCCCUGCAGAGCUGCCGCUGGCACCGGCCAAGCGCUACGGAGGCUUCAUGAAGAUGAUGUCCAAGGGGAAGCUGCUGUCCCUGCUCCGUGAGAACGCUCACAGCAAGGGCGGCCUCAGCAAGAAGUUCGGGGGCUUCAUCCGCAAGCCAGGGGAGCGAGCGGCCCCCGAGGACUACCUGGGGCCAGCAGGGGACGGGGACGAAGAGCCCACGGGUGCUGGGGCUGAGGGGCAGGAGCAGCUGCACAAGCGCUACGGGGGCUUCAUGCGCCGCAUCCGGCCCAAGCUCAAGUGGGACAAUCAGAAGCGCUACGGGGGCUUCCUGCGGAGGCAGUUCAAGGUGAUCACACGGUCGGACGAGGAUCCCAGCGCCUACUCAGGGGAGGUCUCAGACCUAUAGAGCCAGGCGUGGGACGGCAGCACCACGGUCCCCACACUGCCACCCCGACUGUGCCAUCGCCCCCAGCCCUGUCCCCUGCCCAGCCUGCUAUGGCUGGUGUCACCCUUGCCUCAUUCCCCCAGGGGACCAUGAGUUCCAUCCCCAGUUAUCCCUCACUGGUUCACCUGCCCAUCCUGUGCACCGAAGGGACAGUGCCACUCCUCCAGGUGCUGGCGGUGUGGCUGUGGCCCAGCCCAGGGUUCCCGGGGCACAUUGCUGGGGGCACGUAUCCUCUGUCCUCCCGCGGCUGCCGGAGCACAGCAGGGUCUGGAAACCAUCACAGCUGAGUUACAGGGCAGUGGGCUCCGAGCUCUGGGAAGGAUGAGCCAGGGCAGGAUCAGGGAGGUGGCUGCCAUCCGUGGCCAUGGGCAGAGGUGGCUGGUGGAACCACAGCACCAUCACCAGGUGCUCAAGCGGUGCUGAGCCCAGCCCCCACUCCCCUCCCUGAGCCUCUCACAGUGUCCCACUAAUCCCAGCACCCACCUGGUGCCCCUGGGUUCCCCCUCCAAGAACGACUCUAGAGGAAGGGUCAGCCCCUUGCCCCAACACCCAACUCCCCCCUGCAGUCAAUAAAAGGCAGAUGCCAACGAAGCUGAA